CUAAAGACUGUUUUAGUUUAAAUUAGAGGAUAUUUUAAAGACGUAAAAUCAAUCGGCAGGAUUUACUUUUUCCAAUAAAUAUUGCAUCAGAAUUUAUCAUAUUGCCCCCGCUAUACACAGUUCACCAAUUUUUUAUGCUAAGCAUAAGUGCAUUGAUAAGCACCUCAUCAAUUGCUGAUAAUGAUUUGCACUUUUUUGUUUUGGUUCAAUUUUGUUGCUCGGGUAAUCUAUCCGAGCCAUUAUCAUCCAACGAACUUUAGUCUUCUCGACUCUCUUAGGGUUCGUUCGGUUUGAUAAGAAAAUCUACUCUCGCACGGUGUGUUUUACCUACUGGACGUUCAGUACGAAAGGUUCAUCGAACCAAUUUGGAUCAAAAUCUGAGUCAAUUAAAGCAAAAUGGAUUCAAAUUUAGAAAAGGACUACUGCAAAACCUUACAGAGUGAAGGAAUCAGUACACCGGUUGAACAAGUUACAGAUUCUCAAAAUCUACAUCUACCAGUUUGGUACGAUGAGGCGAAGUUCAAACAUGCCCAGAACUUCUAUCGUCGAAAUGCUUACGCGCUAGUGGUGGUCGCCUUGUACGGAGUAAUCGCCACUAUGGCAAUUCCAUCGAUUUUGAACGUGCUGAUGUUCACCAAGCGAUCGUCCAGUGUCGUAUCGGCGUACCGACGCUACAUGGCAACGAUUUUGCAUUUCGUCGGUUGGUACACGGAAGAGCUGAAACCGGGAACAAAGUACUGGAAAUCCUUGGAAUUCGUGCGGAGAGCUCACUCCACGAGUAGCAGACGAGCCAACACAAAGCAUCCCGGUAUGAUUAAUUCCCAAAAAGAUAUGGCCGUUGUGCAGUUUUCCAUCGUUGGGUAUGUUGUGUUAAGCCCGCGAAUGUUGGGCGUCCAAUACAAUACGGAGGACAUGGAAGCAUUCGUACAUUUCUGGCGAGUCAUGGGAUAUAUGCUUGGCAUCGAAGACAGAUUCAACGUCUGUACCGCUGACUUGGCCACAUCCCGCUCCCGCAUGCAACAGGUCCGCGAUCAGCUGAUUCAGCCGGCCCUCGCCUCGGUUAGCGAAGACUUCCACCGUAUGGCCCGGUACAUGCUGGACGGUAUGUGGUAUUCCAACGUUUUCGUUAAUCCGGAGGCAAACAUAUACAUGACCUAUCGUUUGUCCGGAGUGCCUGGAUAUGCGCAUCUAUCUGGGAAGAACUACCGGAAGCUGAGUUUGUACAGUAGGGUGAUACUCCGGAUGCAGGUGACGAUACAUGAGUUCAGUCUGAGCGUCGCGUGGCUCCGUUGGUUGCAAAAUUCUAUGGUGAGCGUUUUGCUUAUUUUCGGAAUUCAAUAUUUCCCCUUGUUGGCUAUACUUCGAUUUGGAUAUAAGAAUGCAAUCGUACGAAUAUAAAAGAAGUAAUCAAAAUAAUGCAUAAAUAGACUGAUAUUGAGUGAAAACAUGUCUUGAUAUUAAGAAUAUAUGAUGAUAAGAACAGUUUACAUAGGUUUACAUUAUUACAUUUGAAAAAAGAUGAAAUAAAACUGGGUUCUGAGCACAAACGAA